AUGAAAUUUUUAUCAGCUUUAUUAUUAAUUGUAUUGUUAAUUUCUGUUGUUUUUGGUAAUACUUCCGGACCAAGUUCAGCAUGGGCAACUACCACAACUGGAGGUACAACUGGUUCACAAACAUCACCAGCAACCCACGGUGGACAUGGUGGUAAUGGUGGUAAUGGACAUUCAAAUAUUGACAUCCACGCAGAUGUUGGAUUAUUAGAUACCCUAUCAGUACAUGCAAGAGUUAAGGCAAACGUAGCUGAUACUGUUAAUGUUAAAGCCAAAGCACGUGUUGAGGCAUAA